GUUGAACACAUCUUUGAGAAGAAAUGGUUGACACAAGUAUUUUAAAUUUAAAUGACGACUGUCUUCACCACAUUUUUAAGUAUCUAAGCAUCAAGGAACUGGUGAACUUAGCGAAAACGCUCCCAAGAUUUCGAGAGAUUCUGUUGGAUAGACCGGCAACCUUUUACCCAGUACACCACGGAAACGAUCCCGAUGGCGAGAAACCAGUAUUGUAUUACUCCACAGUUGCCAUCAAGCUGUUGAGAAUCGUAAAAAAUAACGUAAAAACUCUGGGAGUUAUUCAAGGACAUAGUUAUGAUAAAGAGGAUCUUGGCAACUCAGUCAAGGACUUUAGAAUUCUCACACAACGAAGGAAUACAAUUGAUUUGAGGUAUUGCCUAGGAGAAGUUUCCAGACUUGAGGACAUGUUUCGAUUUUCAUCUUGCUCUCGUGACUACUUGAGUGUAAAUGUGCCAUCUUGCAUUUGUUACCUUGAGGACUUUUUUCAACUUAUUCCCGAUUUGCGGGAACUUCGACUUACGGGAUUCGCCAAGUGUUCCGAUUGUGUUAAGACAAUCUUGAAAUGCUUUCCCAAGUUGGAAGACCUUUGGAUUCGGGGAACCUGCCUCAGACUUCAAUCUGAUUAUGAGCUGAUAUCGCAGAUGAAAUCUUUGACGAAACUGUCGAUAAACGUUGGUGCACCCAAUUGUCUAGAGCCUUUGACAAAUUUAACUGAACUGCGAUCUCUUUAUGUGGAAAGUAUCUUCAGCUACAUAUCUCCAAUGGAAAUCAUAGAAAUCAUAAGACAUUGUAAGAAGUUGGAGUUCCUAUUCUGCUACUACAUAAAUCAUGGACAACAGCCACACGAUUCCAUUGCAAAUCUCUUCAGGAGCAUCAGAUCGAUUCGAGAUCCUAGCCAACAAAAUCCUCUCAAAUUGCACACGUAUUUGGAUCCACCUUUGUCUGAAGAGAAUAAACAACUAAUCGAUGAAGCCUACUUCGAAUACCGCCGGCAGCCUUGAUACUUAAUAUUAUACUCAGUUUUCAGUUCCAAAAGAACUGUGAUUGCAAAUACUCACCAUUCCUUUAUUAUUAUAGAAAUUAGGACCACUUUGAAAUGUUACUCAAUGAUUUAUAUAUUUUCAUGACUUUUCGCUCAUAUAGAUUUAAAUACGCUUUAAUAAAUUUGUAUGCUUGUCAACGAUUUCCGUUAUUCAAUUUAGCUGAUUUACAAUCGUCGUCGCCAUCAGACUACACAUUAAAAUGUAUGUAUCGUUAGGUAAAUAAUUUAAAUAUUAAUAACAUGUUGCUUUUGCACGUGUAUUUGCUCUGUCUCUGCAUCGUCAUUUACUUAGUAUAUCUCGUUAGUUUGAAUUCAAGUUCAAUUCGUUUGCUGCUGGCGUAAAUGGUUUUACAAAAUAUUAACAAAACAAAAGUAUAACAGAAAAUUCGAUUUUAGGGUCUUGUAUAUGAAAUAAAUAUUUACAAAAGUUACAAUUAAUAUUAUGCAGUGGCGGAAUGUGGCCGGUGCUCACCAAAAAACCGUGUAGAUAAUCCUAAAUGAAUUGCUUACAAAAUUUUUGGAUGCCUCAAGCAUUUGUUAAUACGUACACAUAUUUCUAAAAAUGUUUAACUAUAUUACCUCGAGUUCUUGGCUUUAAUAUUAGUUAUCGAAUAAGGUUUUUCUUGCAUUGGUUUUCUCUUUUUUUUGUUUUGCUUAGUUCUGUUGUGUCAAUGCUUGUGUUCUUAUCAAUUCGAAAAGCGGACGUUGAGACAUUUUAUUAUCGUCUCGUAAUAAAAUUUGUGUAGUUUUCUUACAGUGUGGUGUUUGGUGUUUGUUCGUUUGUGGCUUUUGGGUGUGGGCGUGUGUAUCUGUGUGAGGUGUUACGUUUGGAUGUGUGAGUGAGUGAGUGAGUGAGUGUGUGAGUUCGUAUUCCCUUUACUGAUAUGUUUCUAAGAGGCUAACUCGCAUCCUGGCUCAUCGCUGGCCGAGCAGAGGCAACUAAACAGGACAAACGCAAGCCAGUUGGACAGAUCGGUCGGGAUAACCCAUGGAGGAUAUGGAAACCUGCCAAAUCGGUAUACUAGAACACCAAAGCCGAAACACUCU